GGGGGCUUUCUCGGUGGUCCGGCGCUGCGUCAAGCUGUGCACCGGCCAUGAGUACGCCGCCAAGAUCAUCAACACCAAGAAGCUCUCGGCCAGAGACCACCAGAAGCUGGAGCGGGAGGCGCGCAUCUGCCGGCUGCUGAAGCACUCCAACAUCGUGCGGCUCCAUGACAGCAUCUCGGAGGAGGGCUUCCACUACCUCGUGUUCGACCUGGUGACGGGCGGCGAGCUGUUCGAGGACAUCGUGGCCCGAGAGUACUACAGCGAGGCGGAUGCCAGCCACUGCAUCCAGCAGAUCCUGGAGGCCGUCCUGCACUGUCACCAAAUGGGGGUCGUGCACAGGGACCUCAAGCCGGAGAACCUGCUCCUGGCCAGCAAGUGCAAGGGCGCGGCGGUGAAGCUGGCUGACUUUGGGCUGGCCAUCGAGGUGCAGGGUGAUCAGCAGGCCUGGUUCGGCUUCGCCGGCACGCCCGGCUACCUGUCCCCCGAGGUGCUGCGCAAGGAGGCCUACGGCAAACCCGUGGACAUCUGGGCCUGUGGGGUGAUCCUGUACAUCCUGCUGGUGGGAUACCCGCCCUUCUGGGACGAGGACCAGCACAAGCUGUACCAGCAGAUCAAGGCGGGCGCCUACGACUUCCCCUCCCCCGAGUGGGACACGGUCACCCCCGAAGCGAAGAACCUCAUCAACCAGAUGCUGACCAUCAACCCUGCCAAGCGCAUCACCGCCCACGAGGCCCUCAAGCACCCGUGGGUCUGCCAACGCUCCACCGUGGCCUCCAUGAUGCACAGACAGGAGACGGUGGAGUGCCUGAAGAAGUUCAACGCCCGCAGGAAGCUGAAGGGCGCGAUCCUCACCACCAUGCUGGCCACCCGGAACUUCUCAGUGGGCAGACAGACCACCGCGCCUCCCUCCAUGUCGGCCGCUGCGGCCCCCCUGGGGCUGGUGGAACAAGGUAGACGCCGCACGGACCCCCCCGAGCCUCAAACUACUGUAAUUCAUAACCCUGCGGACGGCAUUAAGGAGUCGUCUGACAGCACCAACACCACCAUCGAGGAUGAGGACACCAAAGCCCGCAAGCAGGAGAUCAUCAAGAUCACGGAGCAGCUCAUUGAGGCCGUCAACAACGGGGACUUCGAGGCCUACGCGAAGAUCUGCGACCCGGGGCUCACCUCCUUCGAGCCUGAAGCGCUGGGCAACCUGGUGGAGGGCAUGGACUUCCACCGCUUCUACUUCGAGAACUUGCUGUCCAAGAACAACAAGCCGAUCCACACGACCAUCCUGAACCCCCACGUGCACGUCAUCGGGGAGGACGCGGCGUGCAUCGCCUACAUCCGCCUGACACAGUACCUAGAUGCGCAGGGCCGCCCGCGCACCAGCCAGUCCGAGGAGACGCGCGUCUGGCACCGCCGCGACGGCAAGUGGCAGAACGUCCACUUCCACGGCUCGGGGGCCCCCGUCGCCCCCCUCCAGUGAAGGUGAGGGCGGCCUGGGGGGGUCGCGCCGCCACCGGACCCCCCCGAGCACCCCCCGCCCCAUCAGCCCACCCUGAGACCCCCACCGAGGCCGAGCCGCCGGCCGGGUGCCGCGGUCCCGGAACACGCGUCCGCAUGCCUUGUGCCCCCCCCCCCCCAAUCCCCCGGACCCUCUCCGCCCGGUGCCUGUGU